AUGUUUUGUAAUAAGCAACAUAACGCAGAGAACUGCAUUGUAAUUAAAAAUUAUAAGAAAACCAUUGACUGUCCUUCUCUAACAAAGAACGCGAAUAAUCAUAAUCACUCAAAUUCAAAACUAAAGCUCGCUCAUUUGAAUGUCAGAUCUCUGAAAAAUAGAGAUAAUUUGAUCCAGUUGAGGGAACUUAAUGGCGAACAUCAGUACGACAUUUUAACGAUAUCGGAAUCAUGGCUUAAUUCCACAGUAAAAAAUUCAGAAGUUGAAAUUGAAGGUUACAGACUGUUGCGGUUGGAUCGCCUUGGUAAACGUGGAGGUGGUGUUUGUGUUUUUACUCGUAACUCACUGAAAACAAAGAUUAUAAAGGAUAUAUCUGUAAUUUCAUCAAUGGGUUUUCAUCAAUUGUGGAUAUUAAUCCAACAUAAGAAAAUGAAAUCUAUUGUGCUAUGUGUUGCUUAUAGACCUCCUGACUGUCCAGUUUCCUGUUUCGUGGACGAUUUCAUGGACAACUAUUCAUAUGCACUUACUUUGAAAAAAGAUAUAUUCGUAGUGGGUGAUCUAAAUUGUAACUUAUUAAAAAGUGGUCCAGAAUCUGAUGCGUUGAACGAAUUGUGCAGCAGCUUGAAUUUAUUCCAACUUAUCAAGGAACCAACUAGGGUGACUUUGCAGUCCUCAUCUCUCAUCGAUGUGAUUUUAACAUCUAACACAAGCUUGGUAGUGGAAAGUGGAGUUGAAAAAACGCACAUCAGUGACCACUUUCUGGUUUAUUCAAUAUUAAAGCUUAAAUUGCCUAAGAAAUUACCUGAUUACAUGGUCAUAAGAAGUUUUAAGAAUUAUUCUUCUGAAGCGUUUAAAAAUGAUCUAGAACAGCUGAUUUGGCAAGAAAAUCCAAUUGACCAGGGCGUUAACCAGCGACUGGACAAUUUUAAUCAGAAAUUUCUAAGUGUAUUAGAUAUGCAUGCCCCGAUAAAGACUGUUAAGAUUAAACGUCGCUUGUGCCCUUUUGUUGACCAGGAAAUUGUUCAACUUAUGAAAAAAAGAAAUGCGCUGCAUAAACUUGCCCGCCAAACCCUGCAGGCCUUGGACUGGGACAGAUAUCGUUCAUGUAGAAAUCAAAUUAAAAGAAAAUUGAGAGAAUCCGAGAGAAAAUUUGUGUAUAAAAGAAUUAAUGACAAAAAUAGCAACAACAACUCCCUUUGGAAAACUGUAAGAGAAUGUAUUCCUAGAAAUGAAAAAACACGUUUAACUUAUUCUGGGAAUGUCGUUGAAGUAGCGAACAAAUUUAAUGAAUACUUUUCUUCAGUCGGAGCAAAAGCGGCAGAAGAAUCCAAAGCGUUGAUUACUUCAUAUGGUCUUACAUCGACUCAUCCAGAGAUACCACAUAAAUUUAGAGCAGAAAUUGACAAGUUUCAUUUUCACUCUGUGUCCUGUGACGUGAUUCGUAAAAUUGUGUGUUCUUUUCCAUCCAAUAAGUCCCCUGGACCAGAUAAAGUUUCUGUGAAAGUGAUCAAAGAUGCCUUACCAUACAUUCUUCAACCUCUUACGGAUAUUGUUAACUGCUCUUUAAGAGAAUCUUUGUUUCCCAGCGCCUGGAAGUUGUCAGAAGUUAUUCCCCUAUUAAAAAAAGGGGAUCACGAAAUUGCUAAAAAUAAUCGGCCAAUUUCCUUGCUACUUGCUGCAUCAAAGAUCUGCGAGCGUGUAGUUUUGGAACAAUUUACCGCAUAUGUGGAACAGAAGAAAUGCUUAAGCGUACACCAAAGUGGAAACAGGAAGCUGCACUCCACUGAAACAUUGAAUUUAUUUAUAUCGGAUAAGAUCUUAAAGUCUAUGGACGACAAGGAGGUCGUAGCUGUAAUUCUACUAGACCUUUCUAAAGCAUUUGACAGUAUCGAUCAUGUAUUGCUUCUAAAAAAGCUCCAAGUAUUGGGAGUGUCCGAUGACGCUUUAUGUUGGUUUAAAAGUUACUUGACAGGACGACAGCAGGUUGUGCGCAUUGGAUCGACUGUCUCUGAAACACGCACACAUCAAUCAUGGCGUUCCGCAGGGCUCAAUUCUCGGUCCCAUGUUAUUCAACAUAUAUAUUAA